GAAUGAGAACCUCAGUGUAACCGUUUUCAUUUGGUUCUAAAAAUAACCACAACAACAACACUAUCAUUUCAAUUUUGAUUGAGAACAAGAGAGUAAAAGAAGAAGAAAAUGGGUUCCGAAACAUUUGUUGAAAUUAUACUAGCAAUACUCUUACCUCCUGUUGGUGUUUUCCUUCGUUAUGGUUGUGGAGUGGAGUUCUGGAUAGAUCUAGUGCUUACAUUAUUGGGAUACAUUCCAGGGAUUAUAUAUGCCAUUUAUGUAUUGGUUGGAUGAUAUUUAAAUUGUUUAGAUUUUAUUUUAUGUACAUUUUCCUUUUAUUAUUUUAUAUGCAUUAGUUUUUCUUUGAAGACUGUUUCUGUUUCUAAAUUUUAUGAGAUUAAUGGAUAUGCAAUUAGAGUUGUGAACA